AUGACCCAUAAGUUGUUCUAUCUAAAUAUUUUGGAUUCUGAAAAUAUUUGCAUAGAAUCUCUGUCAUUUUCAACAUGUGGUAACUACUUAGCAGUCUCAUAUUCCAAUAAUAUCUCAAUCUAUGAGAUUAAAAGCAAAUUUCACUUAAAAACUUUAACCGACCCGGAUGUAGAUGCGUCAUUCAGAUCAACAAUUUGGGUGCCUUUUAAUCACCUGGAGUGCUCAAAACUAGUUGAUUAUAGAUUGUUUUCAAUAGGACUACACGGAAUAAUAGCGGAAUGGGAUUUAAAAGUGUUUAAACAGAAGAGACUGAUAACGUCGUUCGGAGGAGCGAUCUUUAGCGGAGUAGUAUCGCCGUACUCAGACCUGAUGAUAACAUGUGACGACGGAGCAGUUCGCUCGUUCACAAUAUGGGCGCCGGAAAGCGAUAGCAACCACGUUGGAAGCGAAGCUGACGAGUUGGUGUUCAACAAGGUGCUGGUGAAGCACAGCUGCAGCAUACUGAGCAUAUGCUGUUCAAAGGAAAAUUUCUUCUGCGGCACAGCAAACUCGGAAAUAAUAGUGUGCACAUACGGAUCGAGGAAUUACAAGACGAUAAAAGUGAGUAACGCAAAGACCGGGACAGGGAAGCGACCACAAGAAGGUAGCAGUAGCGCAGCAGAAGGAGUAAGCAGCACAGCAGUAGCCACGAGUGGCGGCGGCGGAAACUGCAAUAUAUGGAGUCUAGUGUACGUUGAUGACAAGAAGGUACUGAUCACAGGAGACAGCCUGGGGAACGUGACAGUGUGGGACCUGAGCACGUUGACGAUGCUGCAGACGUUUUCGGACGUCAGAAACGACGUUAUAGCACUGGUGCUGAUCAACAGUAACCUCUUCAUAUCGGCAAGUCUGCAGGGCAAGGUGGUGCUGUAUUCGUACAACAGAGGCACCGCAAGGGAAGCAGGUGGAUAUGGAGCUGGCACAAGGAGUGAGACUGCAGAGGGCAGUGGUCAAGAGGAGAGUAAAAGCAUGGGCUACUGGUUUAUAAACGGGUUUAAGUAUCCAUUAAAGGGAUCAAUACACUGCUUGUCAAUCUACUCGACGGACGCAAGAAUUAAUUCGUUUGGAGGGGGCUGCGGAGUUGGCACUAAUUUUGGAGACGACGUAGGAUUCCUGGUGUGCGGAGGUGACUUCGGGUGCAUUUACUACACGAAGACGCACAAGUUUCUAAACAAUAAGACAUGUAAGCUGAUAUACCCGGCACUAAAUUCAUUUAACUCACGCGUACAAAUGAAUUCGGAUAAGAGCAAACUGAUAUCGCAGCACGCACACGACGUAAACGUGUGGUCACUAUCGAGCACAGCGGAACCGACGCCGAAUGACACCACGGCAAGCACAAAUGGGCAGGACACGCCAUCAAAGGGAGAAGUAGAAGGUAGCACGAGUGUAGGCAGGGACAUUUGUAAGCUGUGCCUGAUUAAGUUGAACAGGGAGGGAGGAAGGAUCGUGGAAAGUCACAUAUCGCCGACGGGAGACGUGCUGGCAGUGCUGAACGAGUCGGGAGUGAGAAUACUGCUGCUGGACAACCUGAAGAUAUCGCAAAUCAAGUUCAGCUACAACCACGUGCAAAUCAUAACGAUGUGCUUCCUCUCGGACAGUGAGCUUCUGGUGCACUACCACGACAAGGACGCGACGAGGAACUACUGCAUAGCAAAGUACAGCAUCAGAGAAGGAACGAUGGAGACGCUGGAGUACCUGGACAUGAACGAGGGAGUCGUUAAAAUGGAGGUGCUGGGAAGCAGCAGUGAAACCACAGGCAGUGCUGAAACCUCAGGUGGCAUUGGACGCAAUUGGGGCAUACUGUACUGCUUUAACAACAACGCGUACUGCGUGGACUUUAGAAACAGGACCUACGUUAAGCUUCCGCAAAUUGUGGCCUCGAGAAUCGUAAGUGUCGCAGUAAACGGAGGGUAUCUGCUGGCGUUCUCGUCGAGCUUCAAGUACUACAUCUACGACCUGGAAAGGAAGGUGAUGGUGGAGUACGGAGGAGAGCUGAUACAGAAGAUACCGACCAAGGUGACAAACGUGAACUCAGUGAUAGUAGAGUCGCACUGGGUACUGAGCUGGGUGAUCGUGCAGACGACGCACAACAUAUUCUACUUUAAGCUUAACAGAAACCUGGAAAGCGAGGCUGCGACGAUCUCGCCGAGUAAAGGCAGUGAAAAAAGCAGUAGCACGGCCAAGAGCGUCGCCACCAUCAGCGGUAUCCUCAACGAAGGCAUGGCAAGCAUAGCAGCCAUGGCCGGCAAUGGGCUUAGCCAUGGCAGCGGCGGCCUGAAGCCCAGUAAGCUGAUCCUAGGCCCCAGGAGGCUGUACAACGUGCCCUCAAUAGAACACUACGUGUACCCGGGGACUGACGUGGUUGCAGCAAUGAGCGUCACUACCACCGGUGCCACGGGCACCAGUCAGGACGCCAACGCGAAGACGAGCACGGACAGGAGCACGGACAUUGAGCUCGUAGAUCCAGGGACCACUAAGAUAAACUACGUAAACCUGGCGAAAAACAAGUUCAUCGUGCACUCGGACGUGCUGGUUACAGGCGGCACGGGCGAGGACGGGGAGGCGGUGGACAUAAGCAUCAUCGCAUUCAAGAGGGCGGUCAGGGACGAGUUUGUGAGGAGCAAGAAGUACGGCCAGUAA